AUUAAAUAUGAAAAAGUCGUUAACAGGUAUGAUUAUAAUUUUUCAUUGAUAAACAAGUUGAAAAUUAUUCUUGUUAGUUUCCAACAUUAUAUAGUACACGAUGCAUUAUUAUCACAUGUAUUAUAAUGAAAUAUAAAAUUUAUUUUACUUCCUGCCCGCUCGUAUUCCGUAUUAUUAUAAUUAGAAAGUAUAUUUUUUAGUUAACGUUUCAAUUAUUGCUAUUAUAGAAUAUAUCAUUUUUCGAUUGGACAAGAAUAUACCAUAGAUAAUUUUAUUUAAAGAAAUAUAGUAUACGUGAGGAUAAAUAUACAAAAUAUUACUCUUAUUUUUUAUUUAUAAAAAAUAAAUAAAUUUAUUGUCUUUCAAUGAGUUGAAAAUUACGUUAGAAAGAAAACGGAUAUAAGAUAUUAUAGGACGUUAUAUAUGCUAAUACCAUAUUAAUAACAUGAAAAAGGCGCGAAAGGACUUCUCAAUAAUGACCUUUAUUAGAGAUUUGUACAAUUAAUCGUUACAAAGAGUUAUUCAUAAAAAACAAAUCGUUUCAGACGUGACGUAAUACGCGGGUAUUUUUGCUAUCGACGAGUGCGCGUGGAUAUUUCUUGUAGUAAAUACUUUCGAUAUUUUUGAUUACGUAUUUUACUUUGUAACGUUUGUGCAAUCGAAUAACUUGUAUGAGAAUUGUUAACAUAAAUUUGACUGUUUUGUGGUUGCACUUUCAGUGUUUACUUCCUUGGCCGUCGGAUUUUUGUUACUCGUCAAUUGUUUGCGAAGCUGUUCAAAGAGCCGCCACAAUUAUACACGUGCGCGAAAGAACCUGCUUGAUUAUUCAUCUAUUAAGAAUAAAUUUGUAUAUUUGAAGUGUUUGAAAUCACUUUAAGAUAGUUUUAUACAAGACAGUUUAUACAAUUAAUAAAGAUUCAUUAUAGCAUACAUUAGAGCAAAAGUAUUAUCAGAGAGACAAAUUAAUUAUUGAAAAUGUGGUUAUUAACAAGUCCUACUGGAGAGCUCAUAUAUUUAAAGCCAGAUAUGCUUGUAUCGAUAGGUAGAAAGAAAGGUGAUAUUAUUCUAUCACAUGACACUUCGAUUAGUAAAUUUCAUGCUUCUAUUAUAGUUAACUCUCAAACAAAAUUUGUGGUGGGUCAACCUACAUCUACAUGCAUACUCAAAGACGAAGGAUCUAAAUACGGAACUUUUAUUUUAAGAAAUCAAAAGUUUAAAAAGGUGAUAACAGAUAUCAAUUUAAAAGAUCAAGAUUUAAUAAGAAUUGGCCUACAAGAAGAAAUAUUUAUUGUCUCGUAUAUACCUAUAAUUACAUCAACAUCUGGAUUGCCAGAUAGCGCAAAAGGUCAACUUCAUAAAAUUAUGGAUGAUAUUGAUGGUAUUAUCACAGAUUGUUGGGAAAAGUUUUGUACACAUUUAACAGUAUUAAAACCAAAAUUGACAGAGAAGGUAGCUGUAUCAUUAGCAGCUGGUAUACCAAUUGUUAGUAUAGAUUAUUGGAAAGCAGUAAAAUCUGCUACACAAAAGGGUGAACCACUUCCUAAAACUGAUAAUUAUAUAUCAGAGAUAAGUGAACAAUACAUUUCCAAAGGAAUAGUUUCUCUUUAUCCAAAUGAUAAACGCAAGACAUUAUUUACAAACUUAAUAUUUAUAUUUUUUGAUUUAAAGCAAUAUGAGAUUUAUGAAACAAUGAUCAGAUUAGCAGGUGGAAAGUCAAUAGUACUUAAUUUGAAAAAUAAACCGACUCUCAAAUUGCAACAUAACUUCAUUUAUGUACAAUUUUCUAGUAGCGAUGAAACUCAAUUAACAGAAGAUGUUAUGCAAGAGUAUGAUCAUAUAUGUAAAACAUUGAAAAGUUUAAAGCACAGAAUUAUACCAGAAUCUGAAAUAUCACUUGCUAUUUUAUAUUGUUCUAUUGAACGUUACUGUAAUAUAAAAUAUAAUUUUGCAAAUAUUCUCACAAGACAAGAGAAGCUUAAUUAUAAUUUACCUGAAACUCUUGUUAUUGAUACGCAAGAUCAAGAACUUUUAACAAAAGAAAAUUCUGUAGGAGAAAAGAGAUCUUGUUAUAGAAAAGACAAAAAUUGUAUUGAGGAAUCAUUAAAAAUUGGUGAUCGUGUUAGUACACCAAGCAAUGUUGCUUCACAAAAGAUGUCAGAUAAUGAGAAAAAAUUAAUUACUUACAUAGAACCUACUACUUCUAAAAAUCCAUCUCUAGAGAUUAUUGAAUCUGAAGAAAGUGAUUCAAGUGAUAGUUCCAUCAUUGAAGUAAAAGUUGUAAAAAUUGUUAAAAAUAAACCAACAAAUAUGCAAGGUACAUCAAAAACAAAAGAAACACAAGAAACAAAAGUAAAAGAAAACUUAGCUACUAUCAAUUCAUCAAAUAUUAAAUGUUCACAAAAUAAUGAUAUUAAACAAAAUUCUAAUACAUCAAACAUAUCAAUACGUAAACGUCCACCUGGAAAAACAUUCCAAAAGGCACAUGUUAAAAUACCUAUUAAAAGAAUAAGACUUUAGAUCGUUACGAAGCAAAGUGGAAUUAGCGAAGAUCGUGGAGUAUACUAUAGUUUUUUAGAUAAACGAAGACUUUGUAAUAAUUACAUUUAUAUAUAAAUCCAAAGAAAAUUAGCUCUUUCCUGUUGAAAUCUGAGAUAUUUCUGCCAAAUAUGCUGGCAAGAAUAUUAGUCACAAACCUUAUUACUACUGUGUCUAUAUAGAUAUUAUACGUUGUGCAUAUGAAAUUUAAACCAAAGAUAAACCUUAAAUCCUUGAUCUGUAGAAUAAGGAUUUUCAGAUAGUAAUUGAUUGAAUUUGAGUCAUUCAUCAUGCCAAUGAAAGCAAUUACAAUUAAUGGAAUACUUAAAACUAUUCAAUGGGAAUGAGUUAAUAAUCAAAUAUUAAUUGGGUUUCAUUAAAAAGUAUUAAUUUUAUUUCA